CACCUGUACACCCGCCGAUAUCUAUCCGUCUGCCACCUCCUGCCUCAAUCAAGUGAUCUCGAUUGCCAACCUUAUCCAAAAGAGGUAUUCCACGUGGGGUAAAUACCAAUGGAAAAAAAAAAAUAGAGGACACGCGCCAUUUUAAACCCUGAAACUGCUUCUAUAUUUUUCUUCAGUUUCAACUUCCAGUGCAAGUCAAGAAGACAGAGCAGAGCAGAGCAGAGCAAAGCAAAGGAAGCUAUGGACGAAGAAUUUUCAAUGGAGGAUCCUACUCCUUUACUCCAAUCCGCCUCUGAUUUCGCUUACUAUCCCGGGGCUCAAAACGACGCCGUAGUGAAGGACUUUCUGGAUCAUUUUCCCCUUCCAGUUAUUUUCAGUGCUUUACAAACAAAAGCUGAUGUACCUGAUUUAGAGAGAACUCUAGUGGCUUGUUUGGAAAAAAUCUUUAAGACAAAAUAUGGUGCCUCUCUUAUUCCUCAAUAUAUGGCUUUUGUGAAUCUUGGUUUAAAGGCAGAUUCUCAACUAGUAAAAUGUUUAGCUUGCAAAACGGUUUCUUGUCUUCUGGAGAAUGUCAAUGAUAAAACCAUAUCUCCUGCACAGUUAGUAAUUGACAACGGCAUAUACCCUCUUUUGCUUCAUUGUGUCCUCAUUGGUAACGGAGAAGUGGCAAUAGCUUCAAUGGAGGCAAUUCAGAAGUUUGCUGGCUUUCCAAAAGCCAUAGAGGUCAUAUUCCCAGCAAAUAAUGAAGACUUUACACACCUUAGAAAUUUAUCAGCCCGGUGCUCGUCAUUGGGACGUGUCCGGCUUCUUUCUUUGGUAGUGAAGCUAUUCACUGUUUCUCCCGAUGUUGCAGCAGUAGUUUUCAAUUCAAAUCUACUCAGUUUAUUGGAGGCAGAAGUCAGCAACACAGAUGAUACUCUAGUAACUUUAAGCAUUUUGGAGCUCUUUUAUGAGUUGGCAGAAGUUCAGCACGGUAUAGAAUUCUUGUCAAGCACAAAUCUUAUCCGUCUUCUUCCUUCUAUUAUCAGCAACAUAUCAGCGGAUGCAAUAUUAAGAUCAAGAGCAAUGAUGAUAAGUGGAAGGCUCCUAUCCAAGGAAAAUAUAUAUGCAUUCGUCAAUGAAUCUGGUGUUAAAACUGUUAUCUCAGCCAUUGAUGGACGGCUUGGAGUAGAGUCUCAAGAUUUAAAUGAAUGCGAAUGUGCGCUUGAAGCAUUUGGCCAAAUUGGAUCUUCAACCCCAGGAGCAACAUUGCUGCUGACGAUGUCACCUCCAGCUGCAAGGCAUGUUAUUGAUGCUGCCUUUGACAGACAGGCACGUGGCAAACAAUUGGCUGCAUUGCAUUCUCUUGGAUACAUCUCAGGAGAAUCACGAUCUGAGAGCAACAUAAUACUUAAUGGUGAAGCAGAAGAAACUCUUCGGCGCCUGAUCUAUGACACAGCAUCCAAGACUCCAAAGCUGACACCAUCGGGUCUUUUCCUAUCAAUUCUUCAACAAGAUGCAGAAGCUCGUUUGGCGGCUUACAGAAUGAUAACUGGGCUGGUGUUUCGGCCAUGGUGCCUGAUGGAGAUUUGCACAAAACAAGAGAUUGUAAAUAUAGUGACUGAUCCAACUACUGAAACAAUAAAAAGAGAUGCUCUCCUAAAUCUAGCAAGUGAAAAGUUUCAGGCAUGGAUGCUAGAUAUAAUUGUUGCAAGGCAAUCAAUAAGGCUUUCAUGGCCUCGGGUAAACUCAGCACCAAUCCUGCUCUUGCUGGAAUUGCUUCCAAGUUGCAGGAAGCAGUUAGGAGAGGGCCAUAUUUCACCGGCAAGCAUCGGGAAGCACAACCGACAGUAAUGACAGCUGAGAGAUUCUGAUCUCCUUCAGAAGAUACUGUGCAGAGAAGAUGCAACUUUCCUACUGAUAAUGUGUAAUAUAACUUCUGGUUGGCUGGCAUUCAUCUGUUUGCAUAUGGGCUAAUGCACAAUUUGUGAAGGACUUUUCCUGCCUAACAUUGGCUUAACAUGAGUAGGAGCAGAAAAACCUUUUUCAAAAUUUCAACCGACCUUUCUUGGAACCAAAUGCCCUUUCCGCAAUGGCUUGAAUGAUUAGCCUUUCCUUUUCAUUCACAUUGUUGUAGGUGAAGAAAAUGCUGAAUGAGGGGAAAUGGUAUAUAAAAAUUUGAUAGAAGCACAAAGGCAGGGGGAUUUCAUGACUCACAAUUUCAUGUCUCCGUUUACUGCGACAGGGAACAAGCACAUGAAACGUAUUCUAAUGAUGACAGAAAAAAUUGUGGUGAAAAAUUUUGAAGAAUAAAACGAAUUCUCUAUUUGUUUGUGA